AUGAUAUCGACAACCAACCAUCUCAAGUUCUCUUCUCCCCUGACGCUCCCCUUACAACAACUCGACCAUGCCCUCACCACCCUCCGCUACCACACCCACACCCUCUACCUCUUCACCAAAAAUGACAUCAAAACAAUGCUCAUCCCCCUCUCCGCCCUGGGCAUCCUCACAUCCCUCCCCGGGCCUCCUCUAACCUCCCACCCAACAUCCUUCCCAACCAUCCUCUCAAACCUGCCCGCCCUCCUCCUCUGGCUCUGGCUCAACAUCCUCAUCCUCUCCGUCUCCAACCAGCGCGACCCGGCCGGCGUGCUCGAGGACAAGCUCAACAAGCCCUGGCGUCCCAUCCCUGCCGGCCGCACCUCCGCCGCCCAAGCCAGACACCUCCUCCUCGCCGCUGUGCCCCUCACCCUCGCCCUCAGCUUCCGCCUCGGCGUCGGCUCCGAGACGCUGGCCUGCAUCUGCGCGAGCUCCUACUACAACGACCUCGGCGGCGCCGACGAGCACUUCCUCAUCCGCCAGCUCGUCAACGGGCUCGCGUACCCCGUCUACGGCGUCGCGGCGCUCAAGAUCCUCAUCGCAGACGUAGGCAUGGCCGAGAUCCUCCCGGGCGCGUACGCGUGGCUCGGGAUGCUGGGCCUCGUCGUGGGCACGACGAUCCAGGUCCAGGACCUGAAGGACUACGAGGGCGACAAGGCGCGCGGCAGGCACACCUUCCCCGUGAUCCUCGGGGACGCGUUCACGAGGUUCGGCAUCUGCGUGGGCAUCCUGUUCUGGUCGCUCGUUUGUCCUGCGUUUUGGGGCAUCGUGCAGGUCCUCGUGGCCGGGUGGGUGUGGCUUUCCGGGGCCCUUUUGGCGGCGAGGAUAUGGUGCUGCAAAGGGCCAGAGGCGGAUCGGCUGUCUUUUGUGAUGUGGAGUUGGUGGGUGAUGGGGUUGUUUGUGCUCCCCCUGAUGCGAGUGGCGUGA